UCUUAAGGAUAUGGCAUUGACAAUAAAGGGGAAGUUUGAUGCUGUCUUGGACACCAUUGGUGGGUCAGAGACGGAAAGAAUAAGUGUAAGUUUGUUAAAGAAAGGCAGACACUAUAUGACACUUCAGGGUGAGGCAGCAUCUUUGACUGAUAGAUAUGGGACAGCAAUUGGGCUUCCAGUUGCUAGUGCUGUUUUACUGAAGAAACAGAUCCAGUACCGGUCUUCUCAUGGAAUAGAGUACUGGUGGACCUUCAUGAGAGCAGAUUCAGAAGGGUUACAUAAGAUCCGGAGGCUAUCUGAAGCUGGAAAGUUAAACAUACCUGUGGAGAAAACAUUUCCCAUCACUCAAGUGAGAGAGGCUCAUGAGGCAAAGGAGAAGAAGCAGAUUUAUGGUUAAGUAGUGCUCGAACUUGACUGAAAGAAAAUAGCACUAGCUCACACUGGUUAUCCUAUUUCUCGUACAUUCAUCACUCUAUUUUGCCUUGGCAUCUAUGUUGGUUGUUGCUCUUCACCAUUUGUUUGGAGAG